UUUCAAAGAACAAAAGAUAAAAAAGUGAAAUACCAGUGCAGCCCCUAGGCUCUCGGACACGAUACUCCCUGAGACACAGACAGAGGCAGAGAGUCGAUCACCGCUCAUCAGAGACCCUGCGACCAAACAAAGCACAGCAAUGGAGGAGGGCGGUGCAGCCGAUCCGAAUGGAAAAGGCAAAGGCGAGAGCAAGGACAUAACGAUCUCAAUCAAAUUCAGCGGCAGAUCAAUUCCGCUCACUCUCUCACCUGACUCCACCAUCACUCACCUCAAAUCCCUUCUCCAACCCCUUACCAAUGUCCUCACUCGUGGCCAAAAGCUCAUCUUCAAAGGGAAGGUUUUGGUCGAUACGAUGACGUUGAGAGCAUCGGAGAUCACCAGUGGUGCCAAGGUCAUGCUCAUGGCCUCUCAGGGUUUGCACCAAGGGGAUGGACCAAUACUAAAACAAGCUCAGAGUGUACCAAGGAGAGUUGAUAAUAAAUUGGAGAAGCCGCAAGUUCCUGUGGACAAGAACAGAUUAGAACGAUGGAAGGCAACUGGAGUUGUAGCAUUGUCUCAAUGCAACUUGAAGGCCAUCCCUGAUGAAGUGUGGGCUUGUGGACCUUCCGCAAGGGUCCUUGAUUUGAGCAAUAACUCUGUUCAAGAUGUACCUGCUCAAGUUGGCUGUUUGAGUUCCAUUCAAAAAUUGUUCCUCAAUGCAAAUUCUAUAAUGGAUGAAUCCAUCAGCUGGGAAGCACUAACAUCUCUGAAGUAUCUAACAGUUCUAUCUCUGAACCAAAACCAUUUAACAAGUUUACCAUCUUCACUGGGUGCGCUGACUUCACUGAGGCAACUUCAUGUUGCAAACAACAGUUUGACUAGCCUCCCAAUUGAAAUAGGUCUAUUGACUCAGCUUGAGGUCUUGAAGGUCAAUAAUAACAGGAUAAGCAUCAUUCCUGCACGUAUAGGUGACUGUAAUUCUCUUAUUGAGGUUGAUCUUUCAUCAAAUCUUCUGUCAGAGUUGCCAGAGACUUUUGGCAAUUUGCAUGAUUUGAAGGCUUUGCAUCUCAGUAACAAUGGGCUAAAAUCACUUCCUUCUACACUAUUCAAGAUGUGCCUUCAGCUCUCAACACUGGACCUCCACAACACAGAAAUUACAAUGGAUCUCCUCCGGCAGUUUGAAGGAUGGGAAAGCUUCGAUGAACGCCGUCUCUUAAAGCAUCAGAAGCAGCUGGAUUUCCGUGUUGUGAACUCUGCUAAAUUUGAUGAAGGUGCAGACAAAAACUGAAGGUCCAUUUUUAGAUUGUAGAUAGCAGUUUUGCAAGUUAUUGGUGUGGACUGGCCUUUGAAUCUGGAAUUAAUUAGUCAUUUUAUUUUACUUGAUUAUACCGUAAGGUGGCAGACUCUAGAUUUUUACUGAUGAUAUUAAAAAAUGUCAUUUUAUAUGAAUCAGUGAAAUCAAGUUCAAUGAAUACAAGGGGAAAGGUCUCAACCAUUAUUUAGCAA